CGUCGUGUGAGCCCGGCCCAGCCGGCCGGCGCGUCAUCAUCGCGCGUUGCUGACCGUGAGGACGCACGGCGAUGAUGCAAGGCCCGCGGACGAUUUCAAUCAUGUCUGUGGUGUGGUUGGUAUUCCAAGUGCUGCUGUUAGUGAAUGGGUUACAAGGUGAAGAGGACGAGUGGAUUGAUCCAACAGAUAUGAUCAACUAUGACGCUGCAAGUGGCAGAAUGAGAAGGCCACAUCUGACCAGAAAUGAGCAAGAAGAUGCUGAGACUCAUAAAGAUACAGCAGGAAUUAAUCAGGACCAAGGAUCCAGUCCGGAUUUUGAGAGACAACUUGAUAGCUUAAGCAAGUUUGAAGAAAAUAAACAGGCGCAAUCAGCUGAGGCACCAGGAAUCAGUUGCAAUCCUGUUUUUAAGAGGUAUCUGAAUAAGCUGCUGCUGGAGACGGAAAAAUUAGGUUUGCCAGACAAUGAUAAUGAGGUCCAUUACGAUGCAGAGAUUUACCUGACAAAGCAAGAUGUGUCUGAGAUUAAGAAAUUUCUCGAUGGUAAACCGUGGAAAUCUGGUCCUUUGGAUGAUGCACUUAGUAGACUUCUAGUUAAUUUUAAGUAUCAUGACCCCGAAGUUUGGAAGUGGAAUUUUGAGGACGUAUUUGGAGUGGAUGUCUUAACAAUACUUCAGUUCUUGGCCUGCCUGGUUUGUAUUUUACUAAUUUUUCGCCUGGCGUGGACACCAUUGACACGACCCUAUCGUUUCAUAUGUUUCUGCUUUUUGCUGAGUUUCGUGUGGAAUUGGGUGUUUUUGUACAAGACAGCUUUUGCUAAGCGACAAGCUAAUUUUGCCAAGCUGGAACAUAAUCAACCGAUAUGUACAGGAGUCCACAAGUUGGAUUGGAGCGGCAGUCUGGUUGAGUGGUUCAGGCGAAGGUGGACACUGCAGGAUGACCCAUGUGAGAAAUACUAUGAAGCCCUCCUGGUCCAUCCAGUUUGGGAGGUGCCACCAGCCAGGGCCCUGAUGCUCACCAUAACUACACUCGUCACUGAACCAUUGAAACAUGUUGGGGAACCCACCAGUCAGUUUUUUCGAGACUUGCUUAAAGAUCUACCAUGGCUUUUGCAGGUUCCUGUGACCCUCAUGGUGGUUUUGUCUAUUAUUGCAUUCUGGUAUUCUUGUGGUCAGUCAGUUGUCCGGUAUGGUUUACCUAGAUUCUAUCCUGAUGAUAGUUCCAGACCUGCAAUUGCACAGCAUAGUGCGCCGUGCAUCAUGCAUAAUGGCACCGUCUACCAAAGGGCAGUGUAUGUGGAUUAUCAGGCUGGGGGAGAUGCUCGAUGUCUCCCCAACAUCAGAAGAGAGAGCAACCAUGACGAGUUUGCAGUUCCAGGACAAAAUAACAUGAAUCACCAGGGUGUUGAAGAGAUAAUGAAUUGGGAAGGAGCUGGGGUUUGCGAUAAUGGGCGAGGUGAUAACCAUGUACGCAGGCGAAGAGUACCAGGCGGGACUUCUGCGCACACAUCUGAAGAUCCGAAGGCAAAUUGUGACAUCUUUUUGUCCACUGAACCACUGCCAUUUGGAGAAAAUCUGCAAUAUGCUGCCAGAAAUGUCACAGAAGAUAAGAUCCCCCCUCGGGCUGGACCGGAGGUUGGACAGAGUGAAGAUGGUGAACAGCAAAGUAAGAACAAAGCUGGUUUCCCUCAUAACAACUCCGAUAAUAGAUUGCGCGGUGAGAAAAGAACGGAGGAGAAGAAUAUGCCGGCGCCUAUACGAGCUCUUGAAGAUUCCCGGGCAGCUGAAAGCCCCCUUCAUGUAGUUCCACGGCAUCCAUCAGACAGGAGUCACACAGACACUGAGCCCAUUGGGAAAAAAACUCUUGAGGAAGAGAAGCCUGAAAAUGAGGAAGCCUUCAUAGAAAAUGUGGGAGCACAGGAUUUCAACAAUCUAGACUCUGGACAGAAUCAUGGAACAUGAAGACUCAUGUUGCAGAAAUCACGUUAGUUAUAGCAUGUAACAUACCCUGUAAUAAUAAUUGGUGAUUAGAAAUUUAUGCUGACAUAUGAGACGCCAUCAUUUAAGAUUGGCAUGAUAUAAAACCCAAUGCAAUUUCUCGUUAUUGCUACAUUUUUGAAAUUUUAAUGUAAGUUCUCUACUAGAGAAUGUAAAUGAAACUUACAUUCUCUAGUAGUGCUGACACAUCACUGAUCUAUUUACAUCAGUGCUGCCAUGCAAUUUAAAUAUCUUUAACAAUACUCCAAGUUUGGCUAAUGAUUAUUUUAAAGAGUUGGCAUAACUUUCUAAUUUUAGACCUCAGUUAUUUAUAGCGUGAUAGUGCCCUGGGUCAAUGUGUGUGUACAAUGCCAUGUAUUUUAUUUUGUCAAAUUUCAUCUCACUGUGAUACCUGCUGAGAUGUAUACACGUUUCAAUGUCUCUGUUCCUGCAAUCUUUAGUUUACACUUAUGCAUUGUAGUAAGGAUGGAAUGCAAUAUAAUUUCACGUAUUUCAAUAAGAUUACAUUUCUGAUAUAUUUUAAGCCAGAUCUUUUGGCCCUGCCUACAUGAAGUACCUUGAUCUUCUAUACUAAAAACACAAGAAAACUGUGGUUUACACAUUUAAAUAAUGUGCAUAUACUCUGGCACACAUUGACCCAGGGCAUACUGCUCUACAGCAAACCUCUUCUGUCCUUCACUUGAUGACAAUGUGGGGGUGGGAGUUGCUUUCCCAUAACUUUUUCCAGAAUGAAGAGUGAGACUGGUGGUCACACUUCGCCUCAACAUGAGAUUCCACCCAGAUACAAAUGCAGUGAACAUUAAAUGGUUUGUAACAAAAAUUAAUCAAUUUCUCAACUGGUAACUCAUGCCAAAAUGAUUGAAGGCUUCACCUAUCCAAAUGUUGUGAAUAUUUCAAUAGACAAGCCUGGAUUUUUCACUGACGAUCAUCGCAUUAAUCCACAUACAUUUAAUGGUGAAAGUUGCCAAAAAAAAUGUCCCUAGUUUUUGUAGCAUCUAAAUAGGUUAAAUUGUACAUUUGUACCAUUUACAUUGUUCCAAUCGCUCAGUCUAAUUGGCCACAUAGCUUUUAUCCUGACUCAGACAAAUGAGAGAGCAAACCAUAUUCUUAUUUUUUUUACUGUAGAUGUAACAAAUGUCAUGAUUUCAGAUUAGCACCCUACUUUGUUUGAAAAAAUGUACAUCUGUUUGCACUGAAACAUAAGAUAAUUCACUGUCAUUAUUUAUCCAAGAAUACAAACGCAGCUUGUAACACUAUACUACUGUUAUUAAGUGAAUAUUAAGCUAUUCAGUGAAUAUUAAGCUAUUCAACUAUCAGUGAAGCUAUGUCAAUGAGUAAUUUAUUUUCCAAAAUCACAAGCUUGGGAUCCUCUGUAAAUCUUUACUGCACAAUAGGUCAGACAUUUUAAUGUUCAAUAAUCAACUCCUACUGCUAUGUAUUUUGGAAAAUUAAGACUCAAGAAAUAAGUUUACAGUGCAAAAUAAAUCAAUUAUGGGAAUGUUUGAACAUUUGUAAGAUACAUCAUUAACAAUUUCUUAAUCCAGUGGUAAACAUUUUAAUUUAAAUUUAAAACUCAAUCUCUUGCUUUUCUACAUACAUAUUUCUAAAGUUUAUCCACACAAUUAUGUUUUUGAUAAUGAUGUUCAAAACUGUACUACUAAAAUGUAUACAUUUUAUUCCCCAAUUGUAAUCAAGGAUACAAUAAAUGAUCAGGAGUUGAAUUCAAA